AUGAUCCCGCUCAUCCCCAUCGCACUUCUUUGGCUCGCAUAUCUUGUCUACCGCCAUGUCAUAACACCCUACGUCCUGUCUCCACUAGCAUCCAUUCCGAAUGCUCAUUUCACCUCUCCCCUUUCCAGCCGUUGGAUCGACCAUAAGCGCGACACAGGCGCUGAAGUCCUUGCCAUCUAUGCCCUGCACCAAAAGUAUGGCCCGAUCGUCCGGCUCGGCCCCCAGGAGCUGAGUGUGAACUCUCUCCAUGGGCUGAAAGUGAUAUAUACGGGCGCUUUUGAGAAACAUAGCUUCUACAAUGAAUUUUUCGUCAAUUUCAACACGGAAAAUAUGGUGGGGAUGGUGCAUAAUGCGCCGCAUGCGCACCAGAAACGCAUGCUCAGCAAGAUCUAUUCCAAGUCAUUUCUGCUCGAGUCGACUGAUCUGCGCAUGAUCUGCGAAGUCCGGAGAGGUGCAGCGCGCAGCGGAGAGGUGCUGAACGUCCUUCCAUUGUUCCAGGCCGUCGGAAUGGACUUCACUUCCUCGUUUCUGUUCGGAUUAAGGCAAGGCACAAGAUUUCUGUUCAAUCUUCCCGAGUGGAAUAUCUGGUUAGAGGAGUAUGAGCGAUUCAAGUUCCUCAGCCGAGACGACCAAUAUAUGGGAUUUAUAGAACGGUGGUGCAUGGACUUCUGCGAACAGUUAGAGACGCCCAUUGAGGACAAUCAAAAAGACGAGAAACUGCCAUUCACGCAUCCAGUCGUCUACGACCAGCUAAGGCGAAGUCUUGCUGAGCAAAAAGAACCCGAUCCACGUCCGCUCCAGCUCGCCGUGGCAUCCGAACUGCUCGACCACCUAGUCGCAGGCCAUGAAACGACAGGCAUCACUUUCACAUACAUGAUGUGGGAGCUGUCGCAGCAUCCAACGCUUCAGUCUGAACUGCGAAAGGAGCUUCUCACUUUAGCUCCGUCUCUCCGCUAUGCAGAUCUAGAUGGCGAGAGAUCUCUCCCUCCUCUUUCUGCAGUUGACGCCCUCCCUUUGUUGGAUGCUGUCGUCCGUGAAACGCUUCGUCUUCACUCCCCGGCUCCGGCUCAACUGCCUCGAGUCACUCCCAAAGUGCCUGGAGGAACUUCUCUGCACGGCUACGAUAAUAUUCCAGGCGAGAGUGAGGAAUGGCUGCCGCACCGCUGGCUCGAAGCUGGUGACAAGAUCCAUGAUAUGAGACGACUGUUUUGGCCGUUCGGGAGCGGCGGGCGGAUGUGCCUGGGCAGUAAUUUUGCAUUGCAAGGUAACGUGUUCGAGAUCGGAAUCAUUGGGAAGAGAACUAAUAAUGCAGAAAUCAAAUUGGUUAUGGCGGCUGUCUAUUCCAAUUACUCGACAGCUAUUGUGGACGACGAGGGAAUCGAGCAAGAAUACGCGUUCAUUGCAUUGCCCCGAGGCCGGAAGCUGAUGCUGAGGUUCUCUCCAGCCGAGUGA